AUGUUUGGUCCGUUCCACAGCAGACAAGGCUUGUGUGCAACGCUGAGAAACCUGUUCUCUCAUCAAUCCCAAUGCGCGUGUACAGGCCAGCUGGCGCGUCCAGACGAACACCAAGAAGAGUGGAAUGCGUUUAGCACCUUCCUACAGAGGACUGACCUCAAGAAGCUAUCUCUACCUCACGAGUUGGAUGUGACCGGAUGUCCCGAUGUACACGCCUGGGGUGCGGAAAAGAGCGCCAAAGUGGCCUGUAUUACAAUUAAAAAGCGCUUCAAUUCUCGCAAGCUGCCGCAUAUGAUUGAAAUGAUGAACGAUGACGGAGACACGCAGCAGUACAUCUUUAAGCAGGACGAUGAUAUCACCAUGGAUGUGGUGGUAGUCAACUUAUUCAAGGCUUGUAACGAGGUCUGGUCCAGUGACAGGGUGAAGCUUCCAAUCCGUCUCAAGACGUACAAGGUUGUGGCAUGUCCGGACAAGACUGGCUUUGGUGAGAUUGUGCCUGGGGACACGAUGCUCAAUUUCCAUGCGAAAGACUUCGAUAAAGCUUUGGGCAUUGACAAACACGCAUGGGCACGGUUCACAUCGUCUGUCGCUGGGGUCGCUGUGGCCACUGCUUGCUUCGACAUAUCCGAUCGCCAUCACAACAACACACUGUUCACGCCUGACGGAGAGAUGUGUCUGAUUGAUCUCAGCGCGUCUCUGGGUCACAAGGCGCCCCUUGACAAGGGUAUGGUGAUAAACCCAGUUUACCUACCCAACCGACUGCUAGCUCUGCGGGAGUACAGUAAUAUUCUGGCACAAACGGAGUGGAAUCGUAAGAUGACAGAAUUCGAAGACUUUGAGGAGAUUGCUGUGCGUGCAUAUUACCCCAUCUAUAACUCUCCGGCGAUCAAGGGCAUGCUGGCCAACUCGGGCUUCAACAUGCUCAAACCUCACAAGUUCGUCGCGUAUCUGCACGCGCGGAAGAACGAUAGUCAGACCAAGGAGAAGAUGCGCAACGAUAUCGUGAAGGCUAUGGAUAAUAGUGACGGCUUCAACAAAUUCGUGGCGGGUAUUACCAGUAUCAUGCCUAUCAACUAGAGAGGUACACAUGCAGCAAGCGUGAGUUGUAAUUUUCACUCCUACCAAGAGGGUACUGGCGUGUACUGUUAAAUUAGUCCUCAUGCGUUAAGAAUGGGCGUUUAGAAUGAGUGUUUAGAUCUCACCAGUAUCUAGUGAAUAGUUAUGUAUAAAGAUGCAACGAACGGUAGUUAGGCACAAUCUGAGUAAAUAAUAAAUAAAAUGUAAUCGCAG